UCAAAGCGGAAGUUUCGAACGUGAACUACGAGGCUCCGGCUCUCCCACUGCCAUGGCCGCCACAGUAAUCAAGCCCGCCGCGCUUCUUCCUCUUUCCCCUUUCCCGGAGCUCUUGCUUUCCACUUCCACUUCCACUUCCACUGCCAUCAUCACUCCCAACUUCACCAGGUUUUCUCACUUCACCGUCGCCAAGAAGCGCCCUACUAGGCAGAUUCUCCCCGUGGUCAAAGCCCAAGGCUCUCUCGAGUAUGUGCCUGAUUCGAAAUUUUACAAAGUGGAGGCGAUUCUCAGGCCGUGGAGAAUCCAAAAUGUUUCUUCGGCAUUGCUGAAAAUGGGUAUCCGAGGUGUAACAGUAUCUGAUGUGAGGGGCUUUGGGUCUCAAGGUGGAUCCACAGAGAGACAGGGUGGGUCUGAAUUUUCCGAAGACAAUUUUGUUGCUAAAGUUAAGAUGGAAGUUGUGGUCAUUAAGGACCAGGUUGAAGCUGUCAUAGACAAGAUAAUCGAGGAGGCAAGAACUGGUGAAAUUGGUGACGGCAAAAUUUUUGUGACACCAGUUGCAGAUGUGAUUAGAGUUCGUACAGGUGAACGUGGAGAAAAAGCGGAGAGGAUGACGGGUGGGCGAUACGACAUGUCUGUUAAUGAAGUGUAAGAAGAGCACGAGUUGGUAGGUAAAGCUGUUUCGAGUUUGCAACUUCUUUUCUUUCCAUGGUCCCGCGCUACCUUCCUCUCAGGUUUGCCGUCCUGUGUAGAAGAAGAGAAAUAAAAGAAAUUGUUAGUCAGAUAAGUUUCUAUCUCGUGAAAGCAUCGGACCUGUAACUGUAAAUAUGUAAUUUCCUCAUGUUGUCAUGAAAAUUAACCAAAUUCGGCAAUAAUCAGUGCUUAAGCCACUGUACCAUUUCCUAAUGCUGAUCUGAUUUGAUUGUAAAUCCAAGAACAUGAGCUGUGUUUUACCAUAUUUACCUUUUUCUUUUUCC